AUGAAGCUGUGUUUUGCUCUAGCCUUCUUAGUAUGUGGCUCAUGCGCCCUUACUGUUGAGGAAGCUAAAAAGUUCCGCAAUGACGGCCAAUAUGGUGGAAGGGUUAGCUAUACUGACAACGGAGAUAGCAUCACUUUAACAUCUAAUGGCCUACCCGAUCAUGCGUUUGAGAAAGUUAACCCUAACGAACUUGCAUCACGAAAUGAUGUUUACACGGUACCAAAGGAUCCACAGAUUGGAACCACAACUGGUUGUCUAUCAAUGGGUCCUAUUGGAAUGACCGUAACAGGAUCGAUGAUCUAUGACCCUCUAAACGCACAGGGUCAGAACGCAGUUGAGGGGCCUACCCAGGAACAGUUUGAUUCCUACGGCGGUCACACAGAUCCUCAGGGUAUCUAUCACUAUCAUAAGAUUCCAGGGAGUUGGCUUUAUACUGGCGAAGCAGACGAACUCCUCGGAGUCGCAUUUGAUGGAUUCCCGAUCUACGGACCAAUGGCGUCGGACCUAGGUCGUGAUGUCACAAACAAAGAUCUUGAUGAAUGUCACGGACGAAUGGUGAAUGGGAAAUACAGAUAUCAUGCCAAUACCGAAUUCCCUUAUUAUCUUGGUUGCUACAAGGGAUCCACCGUCAACAGGGCCAGAACAACUUACGGGAACUGUACAGAUAAGUCUGGACUUCCGGAAUAUGGAUAUGUGUGCACUUGUGCACGUGAAGGUCCAGGGCAACUUGGUGGCAUGGGACAUCAGGGUAGCAUGGGACAACAGAGUGGCAUGUAUCAGCCAAUAAACGGACAAUACCAACAGUUGCCACAGCAACACGAAACCCAAGCGUCUGGAACAGACAACCAACAACAUUUUUAUCCACCAAUGCCAAACCAACAACACCCAUCAGACAGGCCAAUUGUACCCCCUUCUCAGCCAUCUGGUACAGUGCAACAUCCCUAUGAACCAAUGCAUCCUUUUUAUCCGGAACACCAUCACAUGCAGCCCCCACCAGACGGCCAUCAUUACGGACCUCUUCAUUUCGGAAAUCUCCUCGGAAAGAGGAAAUAA